AGAUUUGUUCAUGAACAACAAGAAACAAGCGUGGGCAAGUGCCCACUCGCAGUUGUGGACGUCUCCUGUUCGGCGCUCCAACGGAUCGCGUACGCAGUCGGAAGUAUCUAGUAUUGCGAGCCCUAAUAGAGAUAGAUCGUUGUUAGAUGACGUCGAGAACUUUGAUCAUACGAACGACGCGUCAGCCCUCAGCGGCUCCCACCUUCUCGGCAAUCGUCCAAAGGAGAAAACACUUGUGCAGGUCUCCGACAUCCUGGAAAGCUACGGCGUCAUUGCCAAGGAGUCGGAUAUUCCGGCUGUGCUGCUCAGCGUCGUCAAGGAAUUAGAAGAAACGAAGCGAGAGAACAAUUUUAGAGAUCUGCUUCUACGGGAAUACGGAGAUGCCGUGCGUCGACGCUUUUGCCUCUAUGGCGAAGACUCUCCACCGUCAGUUGCCGAGGUGUCAAGGCGACUACGUAACGAAUCUUCAGCGAACCCCGCAGCGGGGCCAGCACCUGUCUGGCUCGAGGAGCAGCUUAACGACCUGCGUCGCCUACUCCAGAAGGAAGCCCAAUCUUGCUUUGGCGAAGAAAUCGACUUCUCUUUGCCCAUGCUGCUGCCUGACGCCGGACACACAAAGUCCAAUAUUUCGCAAGUACUCCAAAAGUGUCGGGAGGUGCUAGCGAGGUUGUCGAGCGAGUACAAAGGCGCGAAGCGUAUUAUUGUGGAAAAGCUAGACCAAGUGGAGCCACCAGAAAAGAGGCGAAGCACCUUCACUCUUGCCGAGGCCUUAGCGGAGCUCGACUCUAGUCAGUUGCUGGGUGGCCGUGGUGUAGCCGGUGCCCUGGCACCGGAAUGUGAAAAAGGACACACCUUCAAAACGACCCUGCAGUCGAUUAUCGACACUGUUCCAGCCUCUCUGCAAAUUCACUUUCAAUUACAGGUGCACGAUGCUCCAGUGCUGAACCAGUGCAACAACCUCAAGUUACUCCUCAAAUUUCUUCUUUCGGAAUACUUAUCGACGGAACGGUACAUGGAAGAGGUGGAGAAGCAACGUCUGAAGCUGGUGCACGUCUUCCGCUUUCCGUCUACUGAAUGUGAAGAGGUAGCAACCGACGACAAAGCUCAGCUGGAUGAUGCGCUGACACGGUCGUUGGAAGCUUUGAAAAAGACAGUGACUGCCGUCAUCACGUUCCCGCACCAGAUUUCGGAAGCAGAAAUCGCCCUGCGCCGCGCUUCUACGGAGGCUGUGGAAGAGCUUGCUCAGCUACUUGUGGAGUCGCGCCACGCAGGCAGCGUCGCUGGAACAUCGGUGUCUUCCGGUGCCAGUGGCGGCUCUUCGAUGGUGCGUAUUGAGCCACCCACACGCGAUCUUUCGGAGAUGGUGUCGAUGGUGAAGUCGCGCUUCGCCACGCUGCUUGCACAGCAGCAGCGCAAGGAGCUGGUGGGUGCGCACAGCCGUGUGGGCCUCGCACACAUGGAAGAAGCGAUGAGAGGUGUUGGCAAACAGAUUCUGCAGCAGCUGCGCGAAAUUUGCGCUACGCAAGACGAGACCCCCGGAGCAGAGCAGUUGGAGGCGCUGUCGGAGCUGAUGGGCAGCGUCGACGCGGAGCGGAACCUUACUCCGACAAGACUGGAUUGGUUUCUCAAUGACGUAAUGGAGCGGGUGCGCAUGGUGAAGACAAAGUACCAGCGUGCGCUUAACGCGGCAUCAUCGAAUAAAACGCGGGCAGACGCCGCCGCUCAGAAGUGCGCUGCAGCGCAGAAGAAACUGCACAAGGUCGCUCUCUGCGUGGAGCGUAUUGGCAAGGACGGGCUGGGACUCACAUUUCCAUCUCAGCUCAGCAGCAGUAACGUUGAUGCCGAUGAUGCCACGGUGCGUGGCGGUGGCGCAGCUGCCGAGAAUGAAGGCGACCGCGGCGAUAGCGUGAGCAUACUUCGACGGUUGAAUCUGCGGCCCACCGCAGACGCCGGAUCGCCCGCCGGGGCAGGGGCAGGGAGAGAGGCGGCGCCCUCCGCGACGGCGGCCGCAGUGACGGAGGGCAACGUGCUGGAGGCAUUGCAGUUUCUCGCGACGCGUGUCGGCGUUGAUGGCGCGCUUCGCGAUCGGGUGCAACUGGGCGAGGAGAUGGAGGAGCUACGCAGCAGUCAGGCGCGUUGGAAAGCUGACACGACCGCCUUUCACGAGGCCAUGUCGAUGCUGAUGCAUCGCCUCGCCGGCAACGGGCAGCUAGUGAAGCAAAGCCUCUUCAUGAUGGGCACGGACGAAUCCCCCAAGGACGAGCUGGUAGAGGAGGUGCUGCAGCGCGGUGAGGGCAAAGCGGCGACGGCGGUGGAGGUGGAGUACGUCGAACGGUCUUUGGCGGAGCUGCUGCAGAAGUACACACGGUGGGCGCAGCGUCUGCAGCAAACCACCGAGGACCACCUGUACACGCAGCGCAAGAUUGUGAAGUACUUCGCUGCGGUGCGUCGCUUUUUCGCCGCCCAACCAGGCAAAGACGCGGCGCUGCCAGAGGACAUCCCGGACGACAACUUGUACGACAUCGACUCCUGCUUGAUGCGUGCCGCCGACGUCAUUCUUCCCGCGUUGGAUGCCGCCAUUCAAGGCGUAGAGGAGCAGCGUAGCGCGGCGACGGCAGCGGCAGCAGCCUCGUCGUCGUCACCGCCUGUGUCGCCGUCUACCACGGUGAAGGAGGGGCAGGCCACCCAGCGGCAGGACGCCAUCACACAGCUGGUCAGGAAUUCCGCGGCUGCCGUGGCGGGCGGGGUGCUGCCGUACGAUCACCGCAUUGCCCGGCUGUACGAGAUGGUGGCGCGGCUGUACACGGCGGUCACCUCGCUGCUGCAGGUGCACUACCUGUGCAUCCCCACGGCCGCGAAGCGGCGCAGCACCGGUGAUGUCGAGUUGGUCUUCGACGGGGACAGCGAGGAGGACGGCUUCGUGGACAUCGACCUCGACCGCCUCAUGCGCGUCUCGCAAUACCGCUUCGGGGCCGAGGGGGAGAGCUUUGCCCGCGAGGGGACGCAGAACGGUAGCGGCGGCACCAACACCCCUUCGCCGUCCACUGUGGCGGCCAACAACGACGUUCUCCUGCGUGUGACCUAUCAGAACAUAGAGGUGCUGCAGGACACAUUGAAGCGCUUCAGCGCAAACCACAAAAUGGCGGCCAUUGUGCUGCAGAAGGACAUGGAUGCGGUGCAGCAGCAGCUGGCGUCGAUGCUGGAGAAGUACAGCGAGGUGGAUCUGGAGGUGGCAUUCAACCAAAGUCGCGAUGAGCUGCACGAGCUGUACGUCACGAUGCGCGAUCGGGCACGGGUGCAGAAAGGCUGCUACUUUUUUAACCGCGUAGGAGGCGAGGGCAGCUGCGCGUGGGUGACGGCGCUGGAGCAGCUGGGGGAGGGCUUCCGCGGCGUCGUGGACCGCCUCGUGCAGCGCACCGCCCAGGCGGCAGCGGACCGCGAGCUCACCGACGAAGUGGUUGACGUGUGUGCCAUGUACGUGAACUGGGCGGAGCACCGCCCGCUGCCACCAUCGCACGCCCUCCCUCCCGAGCUGCUGGCGCUGUGCGUGCGAGACGGCCAGGAGACGAAGGAGGCGACUGCCGCUGCCGCCGUGGGCGGGGCACAGACCCCUCCGCCGCUACCGUCGCCAACAGCGGCACCAACAGCGGCGCCAGCAGCAGCAGCAACGGCCACGGCGGCACAGCGGCCCCCCAAGCCGAACAACACGCCCUCUCUUACUCCUCGAGACUCCAUUAAGCAGCAGCAGCAGCAACAGCAGGCGACGGCGCAGGAGGGACACGGCGCGGUCGUGGACGACGAAGCGACGGGACCCAAGGUGUCUUGCUUUGCAGAGGACCGCGCGGUGCUGAAGGUGAUGGAGCACAUGUUCCAGCUGGCCCAAUACGCCACGGAAAUGGUCAACGCACCCACACCCACGGCAGCAGCGGCGGAGACCACGGCCCAUCGACUCACCGAGGAACUAUCGCUGCUGCGCGAAGCCGUGGCCGUCGCGGAGCGCCACGUGGACGAACUCACCGAGGAGCGGCUGACGGUGGAGCGGCAGCGCGAUCAAGCGCAGUCGGAGGCGGCCGUUGCUCGAGCGGAGCUGCGGCGGUGGAAGCGACUGCAGCAGCAGCAGCAGCGGCAGCGACUUCAGGAUACGGAGCCGGCGACCCCGCGGCGGCUGCUGGACGCGGAGAGCGGCCGUGCCCCCGCUGGGACGUCCCCCAGUCGUACACCGCAGCCCUCCUCCGCCUCCGACGCCAUCUCAGGCAAAGCCGCCAUGGAUGACGCCACCGUGCGGGAGGUGAUGGCGUACAUGAAGCUGCUGCAUGAGGAGCUGCAGGCGGCAAAGCAGCGGGCCGGCGCGGGGGUGCGGCGAGAGGAGCACCGGCUGGAGGAGGGGGGAGACGACCUCGUGCGGUCACCGCCGUAUCCUGUGGGGCUGGGCGGCGGAGAGCAGGGAAAAGCGCUCUACCGCGAUGAGACCGCGCAUACGCGUCUGCCGCCGCCGCAGCAGCCAAAUCGCUACACCGCCCUCGCAGAGGAGCUGCGGCACCGCUACGGCUCUUCGGCGUUGGCGCCAAUGGUGGUGGUCGACCCACAGACGCACUACGGCGCGCACCGCAGCUCCGCACCGGCGCAGCGGCGGUACAGUCCGGUGAAGUUCCACCGACCCGCCUACGACGCGUGCGAUCGGUAUUACAGCCGUGAGCUCGCUGGCAGGGGGGAGGGCGAGCGCGGGGAGGAGCGGGUGCAGCCGCAGGGCAGCAACAGCAGCAGCACGGGUGGUGGUGGCGGUGGUGCUCCUUUCCGCGAGGAGGGCGCGGCGCACCACGACCGAUACUUCGGCGCCGGCAUCGGCCGCAGGGCCGCUGCAGCACCGCAGCAGCGCUACCCGCGUUCGCUGUCGCGUGACAAGCCGCUUCGAACGCCAGCGGCAGGCGCAGCGGGCUUCGACACACCGCCCGCGCGCGUCUACCACGCACCGCAGCGGGCCACACCCGUCACCUCGCCCGCGCGCGUCUCGCCGUCGGCCGGCCGUUCGCGGUGUCGAUCACCGUCGGCGAUGGCGGGCCGGGCGAACACCGUACCCGGCAACGGCGGUUUCGGAGGGAGGCGCAACGACGAGGACGGGGCGGAGGGAGCGGAAGCUUUCUACGACGACGCCGACUGGCGCGUGCCGUCGCAGGCGCACCGCCGGCGGUCCUCGUCGUCGGCGCAGCGCCGCACGGCAGGAAGCAAUGUGGACCUCAGCGUGAACUUGGCAGCAGCAGUGCAGCAAAUCGAGGCGGCCACGCAGCAGGGCCGGAUGACGCCGACGCCGACGCGGCACAGCACGCGCGCCCCCCUCCCCACCCGCGACAACGCCCCGGCCCCGCCGCUGACAACACCGGAGAAGAUGAAUCGCAAUGCCAACUUGCGCGCGACGGCGCUGCGGCGACUUGCCGAGGUUGUGUCGAGGACGAAGGUGGUGACCCCGCCACGUGGUGCGCGACUUUGA